AUGUGCAUGAACGUUCUCCACGGCUCUAUCCCUCCUGGUGCUGACUUGAGCAUGAAGAACCUUGUAGAGGAAUUGUUCUCAAAUCUAGAAAGCACGACUUUACCUCAUGCUUUGUUCAAGCAAGCUCUCAAUCCAAUGGUCAAUCGAAUUCCAGAGAAGUAUUCGGCGAAGAUGAAGGAGCUUAUGAAAAUCGACUCCAUGAGUAACUUCACAGCAGUUAAAUCCAUACUUGACGAUUACUUUGGCUCUUUGAGUCAUGCUGAGUGGGAGACAGCAAAAGCAGUUUGCGACACGGUAUACCAUAUCUGUGAAAGAUUCGAAAAUGGCCUAAUGUCCAACACUGCAUAUGUGUUGAACUCGCUGUUAGCCGAAUAUAAGCAGUGUGAGAGAUUUUUCGAAGGCCGUGUGUACGACGACGCUGUUGCUUUGCUCAAUGAAGAGUAUGGAUCAGACAAGGAUCGCGUUGUCUCCAUGAUUUACUCGCACACCCAGCUGAAAGGAAAGAACAAGUUCAUGUUGGCUCUGAUGGAAGGAAUUGAGAAACGCGGCAUGCAUUUGGUGACCCCACUAGCGGACAAUCUACGCGACAUUGGAAAUAUGUUCCACACGGAUGAAGUUUGCAAUCAAGCAAGGCAACUUCUUUUGCAAAACAGCCGUGUGAAAUACAGAAAAUUCUUGAAUAAGAUCGUCUGGGACAUUGAAAAAAUAAGCCUAGCUGACAGGGACGUCAAAGAAGUUCUGCCAGUCGACGACGCUGUGGCAAAGCUCAAAGGCCUUUUUGGGCAGAUGUUGGAUCGUGGAAUGACACCAAAGGAGAUGCUCAACUCCAGUCCAUGGGCUCAUAAGGCUAUUCACGAGUUCUUCUUUGACGAUAAACUAGCUGAUUUCGCCAUACGGGCUUACAUCGGGUUGCAUUUCGCUGUG